UGGCUUAAAUCAAUGUCGAAUGCAGAAGAAGGCAACUAUACAGCCAUCACAGAAUUCAUCCUCAUUGGUUUUGGGAAUCUCCAUGAGUUGCAGCUUCUUCUUUUCUUGCUCUUCCUAAUGAUUUAUAUUGUGACAAUUACUGGGAAUCUCCUCAUCAUGUUGCUAGUUCUGACUGAUCAGCACCUUCACACACCCAUGUACUUCUUCCUGGGGAAUUUGUCCUGCCUGGAGACUUGCUAUAGCUCAAUCAUCUUGCCCAAAUUGUUGGCGAAUCUGGUAAAUGGUCAGAGAUCCAUAUCUGUGAGUGGCUGCAUGGCCCAAUUUUAUUUGUUUGGUUCUUGUGUUGGUAUAGAGACUUAUCUCCUGGCAGCGAUGUCCUAUGAUCGCUAUCUGGCAAUAUGUAGACCUUUACACUACAUCUCCAUCAUGCAUGGAAAGUUCUGUGUUCAGCUCAUGACUGGGGCAUGGAUUGAUUCUUUGUUGGCUAAUGGCAUAAUAGUGUUUCUGAUGGCUCAGUUAUCAUUCUGUGGCCCCAAUGUCAUCGAUCACUACUUCUGUGACUUCAUUCCAGUGGAAAAGCUCUCCUGCAGUGAUACAAGCCUGAUUGAACUCGUCACUUUUCUCUCGACCUUCAUUUUCACCAUCACUCCUUUUCUGCUGACUCUCACUUCCUACGUUUGCAUCAUUGUCAUCAUCCUAAAGAUCCCAUCCACCAAGGGGAGGCAAAAGGCGUUUUCGACUUGUUCCUCUCAUCUCACUGUGGUCUGCAUAUUUUAUGGUACGAUCAUCAUUGUCUACAUGUUGCCAAAUACACCCACUUUGAGAGACCUCAAUAAAGUCUUCUCUGUCUUCUACACAGUCUUGACUCCUCUGGUCAACCCUUUAAUAUACAGCUUAAGAAACAAAGAAGUCCACAAAGCUCUAAGAAGAGUUUGCUGCAAAGUGGUGCUUUCACAAGCAUGA